GCUCGGAGCCCCGGGGCAGAAGCGAGCGGCCCCUCACUAAAGACUAUCACGUCGUGUGGUACGGUGCCCCUUUCGAUUCCGGGAGGUGGAGGGGAGGGAGAGAGACGAAUUAUCCGGAUCGUUAAAGUGACGGACACAUUUUUCGCCGAAUUUACGGAGGUCCGGAGCGCUGCGAGAGCUCCGGGAACCCAGGAGGUGUGCCAAGAACACUUCCCACUUUCUAGAGGAGUUGGAUCAUCCAUAUGGUCGUAAAUAUGGAGAAAAAAAAGAAAACGGAAACCCAAGAUGGACCACCUAAAGAGAAUAAAAUGCCUUUCAGCGAAGCACUGAUAGCGUACCACAUCGAGAUAAAGGAAGAGGCGAUAGAACAACUUUUGGUUCAAGUAAAAAAACUUAAAGAAAAAAACCUAAAGUCCCAAGAAAGGAAUGAACGCCUAAAGAAAGAACAGCUGUGGCAUAUCAAGAAUAUACUAGGCAAAAUGAGAGACGAGGAGAAGAAGUUAGAACACGAGCCGAUUGUAACGAAGGAAGAAAUUGAAGAAGCCAUGAAAGAAAAAUGGCGAUUUGUCAAAGACCAGGAAAAGAAUUUGGAAGACAUGCGCGUGCGGGUGGAGAGUGCUGAGAAAAAAUACAUUCAGAAACGCAGCGAGAAGGAAUAUUUGGAGGAAUACAAGAACGUGGGGAGCAAAAAACAUGCCAACGAAAUCUCUUCCUUAGAAAAUGAGAUCCAGAUCAUCAAAAAAAAUACAGAAAAAAUGAUAGAGAAUUUUCGACUCACCGCGGAAGAAGCAAUAAAGAAAAUUGGCAGAUUCACUUUGAUGCAAGUGGAUGACAAGAAGGAAUUAGCCACCAAGAAAGCCGUAAGGAGCAUCGAUAGAAACAGUUAUACAGAGAUCAAGGAAAAUGACUGGCUUAAAAGAGAGGUUACGCUUUAUAGGAAGGAGGUGGAGGAGCUGGAACUUGACACGCAGCUCUUGGAAGAAGAAAACAUAAAGCUUGUCAGCGAAAUGUUUGACUGCCGACUAAAGGAUCUCAAAGUACCCAGGCACUUAUUUCUGACCCAGUGUGCUGGACUGGAAGAUCACCCAAGAGAGAGGAGAGGCAGGUGGAAAACGGAACCUUUAAUUCUCGGGAGUAAAAUAGCCCCUUGGGACAAGGAAAGGUUGUCUUUUAAGCCGGAUUCCCCGGACGCCUCCGUGGCCCCUAAAGAGGGCCAUUUUUUACACGAAGGCAGUCGCUUAUCAGGAUCUUCUGCUUCGGGUCUCGGCUCCUUGCUCUAUCAGGAGGACCAGGAUUUCAGGGAAUACACGGAGAUGGGUUCGCUGGACGUGAAAUUCAUGCGCGUGGAAGGGCUGGCGAUGCCCAUCCACAAGGACGAGAAGGAGGUCCCGGACAGAAGAGAGUACCAAGGGCUGCAGGAGCCAGGCUGCCACAUCACCCGCAGGACGGCCAAGUCGCUCCUCUAACGAGGGGCCGGGGCGCCCCCGGCCCCGCCGCCCACCGUGGACGGGAUGCCACAGGAAGGAUUUGAGGCUUAGCGGGGGUGUUUCAUUAAAGUGCCCCAGAUCCAGAUGUUGAAAAUCUGGGUGCGGGCCCUGCUCCGUCCCACAGA